AUGUAUGAAGAUUAUUUUUCUAUUGAUGAUAUAUUAUCAACUCAAGAACGUAUUCGUUGUCAAUUACUUGUUGAUAUACCAAAAUUAGGUUUUCUUGAAUCAUCAUCAUCUUCAUCAUUAAAUGAUGAUAAAAAAGAUGAAAAAGACAAACAAAAUCUAACAUCAUUAACAACAAAUACAAAACUUGAACUUCCUUAUUGGAUGAUUUAUUCAAUAUGUAAUUGUAAAACACGUUUUGCAUCAUUACCUGAGUUACCAUUAAUAUAUUCACGUAUUCAACGACAAAUUUUUGCUGCUGAUGCAUCUGUUGUUGAUUUAGCUAAACAAGCUCCACAUUUUUAUCGUCAAGGACGUCAUUUAUUAGAAUUAAAUUUUGAUGAAAAACGACAAGUUGCAAUAACAAUUUUACAAACAUAUCAACAAAGAUUUCGAUCAAUUAUGGAUUCAGCUUUUCAUUUAAUUUUAUCAAAUGAUCAUCAUCAUCAUGAAAGUAUGAAACAACAAACAGCAAAAUUUGAAAGACAAGAAAAAUUAUUAUUAUUAUUGGGUCAAGCAGCUUUUCGAGAUUAUGAUAGAUUAAUUAAUAAUGAAACAAAACAAAUGUUACCACCGAAAAUUCAAGGAAUGCCCAAUGAUCUUACUAAUGUUCUUGCUACAGCAAUCAAUAGAAAAAGAAAAAGAUAA